AUGUGGAGCCACACUCCCAAUAGCGGCACCAUUCCAAAAAGUCGCUGCAACCCCAAGAGCAACCACAGAGCCAUUCCAAAAAGUCGCAGCAUAACCAAAAGCAGCCACAGCCCCAAGAGGGCCCCCAAGAGUAGCAGCAUUCCAAAGACCAGCCACACUCCAAAGAGCAUCCCCAAGAGAGGCGCCAUUCCAAAAAUCCACAGCAGCUGCAGCCCCAAGAGCACCCCCACGAGCAGCCACACUCCAAAGAGUGGCACCAUUCCAAAAAGUUGUAGAAUCCCCAAGAGCAACCACAGCCUCAAGAGGGCCCCCAAGAGAGGCCACAUUCCCAAGAGAGGCGCCAUUCCAAAGAGCGGCCACAUUCCCAAGAGCACCCCCAAAAGCGGCGCCAUUCUCUGCAGCGGCCACAUUCCCAAGGGCACCACCAAGAGAGGAGCCAUUCCAAAGAGUGGCCACACUCCCAAGAGCAUCCCCAAAAGCGGCCCCAUUCCAAAGAGCCGAAGUGUACACAAAUGCAGCCACAUCCCCAAGGGCGCCCGCAAGAGGGGCGCCUUUCCAAAAAGCUGCAGCUUCCCCAAGAGCAGCCACAGCCCCAACAGGGCCCCCAAGAGCAGCCUCAUUCCAAUGAUCAGCCACGCUCUGAAGUGCACCCCCAAGCAGGGCUCCAUUCCCAAAAGUCACAGCAUUCCCAAGAGCAGCCACAGCCCAAAGAGGGCCCCCAAGGGUGGCGCCAUUCCAAAGAGAGGCCACACUCCCAAGAGCAUCCCCAAGAGCGGCGCCAUUCCAAAAUGUCGUAGCAUCCCUAACAGCAGCCACAGCCCCAAUAGGGCCCCCAAGAGUAGCACCAUUUCAAAGAGCGGCCACAUUCUGAAGAGGGCCCCCAAGAGUGGCACCUUUCCAAAAAGCUGCAGCUUCCCCAAGAGCGCCUACUAGAGUGGCACCAUUCUAAAAAGUUUCAGCUUCCCCAAGAGCAGCUGCAGCCACAAGAGCUCCCCCAAGAGCAGCCACACUCCCAAGAGUGGUGCCAUUCCAAAAAGCUGCAGCAGCCACAGAUCCAAGUGCACCCCCAAGAACGGCACCUUUCCAAAGAGCCACCGCAUCCCCAAGAGCUGGUUCGUCCCCAAUAGCGGCCACAGCCUCAGAAGGCUCCCAAGAGUGGAACCAUUCCAAAGAGCCACUCUGUGCCCAAGAGCCAUGGAAGAAGAUCUUCAACAAGGCCAUAAAGAAGGGAUCUUCCAGGUAAGUAGUGAUCUGUCCAUGCCUACGGGAAUCCCAGAAUGGAUCUACUGGGCCCCCGUGUUCCUGAAACAGCAGGUGGGGGAUGGAGAAAAGCCGCUGAAGUAGCAGGCUAGCACUCUGUCUCUGGAGAUAUUGGAGGGCACUUGGGGCUUGGCAAUCUCAAAGGUCCUUUUUGUUCUGAAGUUCUAGAUUGAUUGGACGAGACUCCUCAUGGGAGCCCCUAGAACAAGAGUCAAACAGAACGAUUGCCAAAGGUAUUCUAGAUAGGCUGGAGGCUUGGGAUUCCAGAUGUCACAGGCGGGUCCUCUGCCUGUUUCCGGAAGCAGCUUUGGCUGGGUCCCAGGUUGCCACAGAGCAGCCCAAGGACAAACUGAGAGAAGGGCCAGAGCCCACCCAGGCCUCACAGCCUUCUGCCCAUGUCAAGGCUCUGCAGAAGAAGGCCAUCCAGAAGCCACCGUGUUGGGUCACCAAACUGUAUAGACAGUUCCACAAGUUGUUCUGCCCCUCUAGCAAAGGCUCCAAGAAACCCCCUGCCCAGGCCACCUAGCCCAUUGCUGGCUCACGCACACAGCGUACCCCAGGCACAAACACCCCAAAAAGUCUUCCUCCCCCGCCCCUGCCAAGGCCUCCCCCGAGCAGCCUAAUGGGAGCCCAAAGAACAAGAGCUCCGCCUCACCCUUCUCCUUACCGCCCAACAGAGCCUCCUCCCUCAAGUGGGAGAAGCUGCCUCCUCCUUCCCUUCCACCAAGGCCGCACUCCACUCCGGCCUCGUGAAGCCUGGCCAGCCUAGAGAGCUCUCUGCCCAUUGGCUUUAGGCCUCCCCGAAGGACCGCCUCCAGGAGUGCCGCUCACUGGAAGAAGAGAAUCAGACACUCGUUUGGAACUUCUGAGGGGCUCGCGGCCCCUGGAUUCACCUAUUAAAAGGCUGUGAAUGAGAACAAAGGAGAGGCCCAUGCGUGUGUCUCCUCCCACUCCCACCAGUGUGUGAGUGUGUGUGUGAGAGAGAGAGAGAAUGAGAGAGAGAGAAAGUCACAUUUCCCAGAUGCACCAGAAGCAGCUCCACUGACCUGGGUCAUUUGGAGCAGCAAUAAGAACAGCAGUCCAGAGUCCCACAGGUUGGAACUUGUGUAGGCAUGACUUAGAAAAGGGGACACGACACGACACACAGAUUAGGGGAGCACAGAACAGCCUGCCGCUUAGACCUAGAAAGGUCUUGUUUCUCAAAUAACGAGAGAAUUUGUUUGCAAACUGUAAGGACUGAAUAAUAUUUCUACCCAGAUAUUAUAUAUUUUAUAAGGUUUAUUGGAAAGGGUAGACAGCCAUUCCUCUAAGUAACCUGACCACGUGGGCCCUAGCCUGCAAGCCUCUUCCUCCUUCCCUUCACCUGUUCCCAACUUCUUCCUUCCGCCUUCUCUUCUCAGUUCUCUCCCUCUCAAGCCCCAAAGCCUCGAUGUUUCUUGACAUACCACAUGUAGAGGGACCAAACCUGGCACAACUGUAUUAUCUCGGGAAUGUUUGAUGGAAAGGUCAAGUGACUCAGAAGGGGGAGGGAAUGAACUUCUUUGACACAAAACAUACAAGAAGACAAGUCAUUCCCCAAUUGAUAAAUGGUCAAAGAAUAAGGUCAGGGAGGUUUGGAAGAACUCCAAGUGAUCUAGAAUCAUGGGAAAAACUGUUCCUCAAUCACUGCUGAUUAGAGAAAUGCACAUUAAAACAGCUCUGAGGUAUCACCUCACACUGAACAGAAAUGACAACUGGAGGGAGUAAAGGAAAAAUAGGCAAACUAAGGAACAGCUGAUGAAGGAGCCAAUGGAUCUAACCAAUUUGGAGAACAGUUUGAAACCAGGCCCAAAGGGCCAUCAAACAGCAUAUCCAUUGACCCAGUGAUACCACACCUGGGUCUGUAUCCCAAAGACAUCAGAGAGAAUGGAAAAAAAAAAACCCGACCCAUGUGGACACAAGUAUUUCUAGCAGCUCUUUUUGUGGUGGAAAAGAACUGGAAACUGAAGGGGUGUCCAUCAACUGGGGAGUGGCUGAACAAAUUGUGGUAAAUGAUGGUGAUGGAAUCCCGUUGUGGGUUUUAAAAAAAAAUCUUUACCUUCUGCCUUAGAAUACAUACUCCAUAUAGCAUGUUUCUUUGCAUUGGAGCUAGUGCAUUUGGUCAGCUAACUGCUUCAUCUACAUAUGUAGAUCAUCUACAUAUUUGAUUAAUUUACUAUUUUUAAAUGUUAUAUUGCCUGUGUCUUGGCUCAAAAUUUGCUCAAAUAAACUCGGACUUUCCACCUAACCCUGUGGCAGACGACUCCAUGUAUAUUUGAGCCCUUCCAGGUAAAAGCAAAAAUAUGCCUGGAGUUCUCAUGUAUAGGUAUGGAAAAGAAAGCUGAGCACAAGUCUACUACUGUAAAGUAUGUAGCUGUGCUAGGAAUAGAGGAAAUAAUACUAUUUAUGAUGGAAACUACGGAGUGUCUCUUUAUAACGUGAUUAUUCACUGCCCUCAGAUCCUAUAUGAAUCUAUAGAGGUACUUGUAAUCAGGCACUCUUUUUUGUUUUUUAACUGGCAGGAUGGGGGUGUUGUAUUCUGAUUUGCAAGGGAUUAUUAUUACCUGUUCUAUUAAUGAGUUAAUAACUGGUGUAAUACCCUCAAUUGCCUCCCUUGAGAGGGGACACUGAGGAAUGGAAGGAGGUUGAGUAAGAUUUAGUUUUUAUCUGCACAAGAACAGCAGAUUUAAGUAAGCCUACAUCGGAAGAAGAUGUGGCCCAAAGAGACUUGGGUAUAUCCUUAGGUAUUUCAAAAGUGGGAGGCUCUUUUGCCUCCUGGUUCUCCGAGAGAAGUACAGGGAAUAAAUUUAAAGAUUCCUCUGUUACUUCCAAUGUUAAAGAACCAUCUGGGGAGCAUGUUAUUGUGGCUCUAAGUUUGCAUAGAAGGUCUCUCCCCAGCAAAUGUAAAGGGGAGUCAAGCAUCAAAAGAAAGGAAUGUACCUCUAGGGGUCCUACAGACACCAUAUAGACACCAGGGGCAAGUUUUUUUUAACUCUUUGGGGUAUUUAUGAUACUCCCACUACACUUUGUGAGUCAACAGAAUAACAAUUUAAAUCUGGUACAUUCUUCAAUACAGACCUGGUAGCUCCAGUGUCUAAGAGGCAAUCAUAAUAAAUGUUACCCACCUUUAAGGAGCUACCAGGUCUGCAUUGAAGACUCCCCUUAAAUUUGCUGGGGAGAGACCUUCUAUGCAAACUUAGAGCCACAAUAACAUGCUCCCCAGAUGGUUCCUUAAUAUUGGAAGUACCAGAGGAAUCUUUAAAUUUACUCCCUGUACUUCUCUCGGAGAACUAGGAGGCAAAAGAGCCUCCCACUUUUAAAUUUGCUUAUAGUUUCCUUCUUUAUGUUCAAGUCAUUCACCCAUUCUGAAUUUAUCUUGGUGUAGGGUGUGAGGUGUUGAUCCAAACCUAAUCUCUCCCAUACUGUCUUCCAAUUUUCUCAGCAGUUUUUAUCAAAUAGUGGGUUUUGGUCCCAAAACGUGGGAUAUUUGGGUUUAUCAUAGACUGUCCUGCUGAAGUCAUUUACCCCAAGUCUAUUCCACUGAUCCUCCUUUCUGUCUCUUAGCCAGUACCAAAUUGUUUUGAUGACGACUGCUUUAUAGUAUAGUUUGAGAUCUGGGACUGCAAGUCCUCCUUCCUUUGCAUUUUUUUUUCAUGAUUUCCCUGGAUAUCCUUGAUCUUUUGUUCUUACAAAUGAACUUUAUGUUUUUUCUAUGUCAGUAAAGAAGUUUUUUGGUAGUUCAAUGGGUAUGGCACUAAAUAAGGAAAAUAAUUUGGGUAGGAUUGUCAUUUUUAUUAUGUUAGCUCGUCCCACCCAUGAGCAAUCAAUGUUUUUUCUAAUUGUUUAGAUCUAGUUUUAAUUGUGUGGAGAGUGUUUUGUAAUUGUGUUCAUAUAGUUCCUGUUUUUGUCUCAGCAAAUAGAUUCCUAAGUAUUUUACAUUAUCUAGGGUGAUUUUAAAUGGAAUUUCUCUUUCUAAUUCUUGCUGCUAAAAUGGGUUGGAGAUAUAUUGAAAUGCUGAUGACUUAUGCAGGUUUAUUUUGUAUCCUGCAACUUUUCUAAAUUUUUUGAUUAUUUUGACUAGCUUUUUGGUUGAUUCUCUAGGAUUCUUUAAGUAAAUCAUCAUAUCAUCCACAAAGAGUGACAGCUUGGACUCCUCAUUGCCAAUUUUAAUACCUUAAAUUUCUUUUCCUUCUCUAAUUGCUAUUGCUAGUGUUUCUAGUACAAUGUUAAAUAAUAGAGGUGAUAAUGGGCAUCCUUGUUUUACUCCUGAUCUUAUUGGGAAGGCUUCUAGUUUAUCCCCAUUGCAGAUGAUGUUUGCUAAUUGUUUUAGAUAUAUACUGUUUUUUAUUUUUAGGAAAGGCCCUUCUAUUGCUAUACUUUCUAGUGUUCUCAAUAGGAAUGGGUGUUGUAUUUUAUCAAAGGCUUUUUCUGCAUCAAUUGAGAUUAUCAUGUGAUUUUUGUCAGUUUGCUUGUUAAUAUGGUCAAUUAUGUGGAUGGUUUUUCUAAUAUUGAACCAUCCUUGCAUUCCUGGUAUGAAUCCUACUUGGUCAUAGUGGAUAACCCUCGUGAUGACUUGUUGGUGGCUUUUUGCUAGUAUCAUAUUUAAGAUUUUUGCAUCUAUAUUCAUUAAGGAGAUUGGACUAUAGUUUUCUUUCUCUGUUUUGGACCUGCCUGGUUUUGAGAUUGAUACCACGUUUGUGUCAUAAAAAGAAUUUGGUAGAACUCCUUCUUGACUUAUUCUGUCAAAUAGUUUGUAUAAUAUUGGGAUUUGUUGUUCUUUGAAUGUUUGAUAGAAUUAAUUUGUCCAUCUGGACCUGGGGAUUUUUUCUUAGGGAGUUCUUUGAUGGCUUAUUCAAUUUCUUUUUCUGAUCUGGGGUUGUUUAGGUAAUUUAUUUCUUCUUUUAGUCUAGGCAAUUUAUAUUUUUGUAAGUAUUCAUCCAUAUCACCUAGAUUGCCAUAUUUGUUGCCAUAUAAUUGGGCAUAGUAGUUUUUAAUGAUUGCCUUAAUUUCCUCUUCAUUAGAGGUGAGAUCCCCCUUUUCAUCUUGGAUACUGUCAAUUUGGGUUUUUUCUUUCCUUUUUUUAAUUAAACUGACUAGUACUUUGUCUAUUUUAUUUGUUUUUUCAAAGAACCAGCUUCUAAUCUUAUUUAUUAAAUCAAUAAUUCUUUGACUUUCAAUUUUAUUAAUUUCUCCUUUGAUUUUUAGGAUAUCUAAUUUAGUCUUGUAAACCUUAAAAUUUCUUAGACUUAUGAAUGUUGGAAAUUUCCCCAUUGGGAAAUUUCAUACUUGAAAAAAUUCCCUACUAAUAGUAAGAACUCUAUUGGAAUAUGAAACUCCUUGGCAUGGGAGGAUCCUUCUCCUCCCUACUUAAGACUACUUUAGGACAGAAACCUCUUGCUAAACAAUGGAAAGGGCUUUGACCUAUGCUUAAACAUAGAACAGGAAGUUCUUUGAGUCAUGAUUGAUUUUAGAAUUGAUACAAUAGAAAUACUUGGAAUGACAGAACCAGGUCUUGGAAACUACAAUCUCCACCCUACUCAGAGUAACAGGAUUUAGGAAGGGCUGCAGCAAAGAUCAAGAUUUAAUUAUUUGGAGAAUAUGACCUUCAACAGACAUGUGCAAAGGAGACAGACCUCUGGGUGGUCCUGGGUUAAGCUAGAGCCACCAUUGGCACAGGGGAGAGAUCGACAGUGAUUGGUAGAUGUGAGAACUGAGGGGAGGGAACUUAGAUGGUUUCCUUAAAGAGAGCGGGGUCUGAGGAGAGAGAGGAGGAGGUUGGCUCUGAAGAGGUGGUUACUCCGAAGGAGGUCUGAGAGGAGAGAGGUCCUGGAGGGAGAGCUCCUGGAGAGGUAUUGAAGGAGGCUGUGGAAGGAGAACUCAGGAGGAGAAUUCUCUGGAAACAGUUCUUGAAAGGAGGCUCUCUUGAAAGUGGAGCCUGAGGUUGGCAUGAGAAGCCUUACCUAGAGAGAUCUUGAGUGAGUGAUAAAACCAACUGACUGAUUUAUUCAUUCUUAUUCCUUUCUUACUUUCUCUCUUUUUCUAUUGAUUAAUCAGUGUAUUAUAAAUUAAAUUUCUCUAUAAAACCCAGUUGGCUUGGGCAUAUUCAUAAAUUGGGAAUAUAUUCCCUGGCGACCAUCUUAUAUUUAUAUAAAACCAAGACACAGUAGAAAACAUAUUUCAGCGGUCAUAAUUGUUAUAUAUUUCCCUUGCUCCCAAAACAUUUUAAUUAUCACAAGUUUAUGGCUCCCACUCUCUUAUCUACAACUAUUUAACACUCAAAACUAUUUUAAAUAUAACAGUCUUCAUCUGAGGAUUUUUAAUUUGUUCAAUUUCUAGUUUUUUAAUUUGCAUUCAUUGACUUCUGCCCUUCUUUAUUUGUUAAUAUAUGAACUCAAGGAUAUAAAUUUCCCCCCGAGUAAUGCUUUGGCUACAUCCCAUAGGGAAGGGAUGUCUCACCAUUGUAAUUUUCUUCAAUGAAGUUAUUGUUUCCACGAUUUGUUUUUUAACCGGUUUUGGAGAAUCUUAUAGUUUAAUUUCCAAUUAAUUUUUUAUUUACCCUAAUUUUUAUUUUCAUUGCAUUGUGGUCUGAGAAGGUUACAUUUAUUAUUUCUGCUCUUUUACACUUGUUUUGUAACAGAUGAAAUUUAACUGUUAUGAUUAAAAUUAGGGGAAACAGAGGCAUUAGUUUCCCUCUGCAAGGAGUAUUAUAUUUUUUAGAGUUUUAUUUAAGAUAAGGAAUUUAAGAAUAUACAAGUAAGAGAAGCACGUGCUCGGUGGGCCGAGAGGCCCAUUCAAAUUUCACUCACAUCAUGAGACGUGUCUGCCCCCCAGCAGAAGUAGGAAAGAGGGUCAAUAGCCUUUACAGCCAGGUAAAAUAGAAAUUCUUGACCUCGCCCAGGUGGAAAUCUCAGUGAGAUUAGAGGGCAUUCUGGGAGCUAGUAAGGACUCUUGGGGUUUGGAGUCCAGAGUUCAAGUCUCCAUUUUUACAGUUUGCAAUGUUUUUAUGCCCUAAUACAUGGUCGAUUUUUGUGAAUGUACCAUGUGCUGCUGAAAAGAAGGUCUAUUCCUUUUUGUCCCUAUUUAUUUUUCUCCACAUGUCUACUAACUCUAAUUUUUCUAAGAUUUCAUUCACUUCUCUUACCUCUUUCUCAUUUAUUUUUUGGUUUGAUUUACCUAGUUGAGAUAGAGGAAGAUUCAGGUCUCCCACUAGUAUAAUUUUUUCUAUUUCAUCCUUUAGCUCCUCUAGUUUCUCCUUUAGAAAUUUGGAUGCUAUGCCAUUUGGUGCAUACAUGUUGAGUACAACUAUUUCCUCAUUGUCUAUACUGCCUUUUAUCAGGAUGUAAUUACCUUCCCUAUCUCUUUUAACUAGAUUUAUUUUUACUUUGGUUUUGUCAGAUAUCAUGAUUGCAACUCCUGCCUUCUUUUUACCAGUUGAUGUCCAAUAGAUUUGGCUCCAUCCUCUUACUUUCACCCUAUGCGUAUCUACCUUCAUGUGUGUUUCUUGCAGACAACAUAUGGUAGAGUUUUGGAUUCUAAUCCAGUCUGCUAUUUGCUUGCAUUUUAUGGGUGAGUUCAUUCCAUUCACAUUCAGAGUUAUAAUUACUAGCUGUGUAUUUCCCAGCAUUUUGAUUUCUACUCCUGGUCCGGCCUUUUCUUCUUUCACUAUUUCCUUCUACAGCAAUCUUUGUUUUUAAUCAGUCCCCCUAGUUUCCACCCUUAUUUUACUUCCCUUUCUACCCCCCUCCCUUCUUAUUCCCCCCUUAUUUUCCCUGUAGUCUUUCUAAAAUUACCCCCCACCUUUUCCCUCCCUUGUACUGCUUCCCUCCCCACCAGUCCUUUUAUUACCUUUCUAUUCCUCUAUAGGGCACAAAUCUAUUCUCUGCCCCAAUGGAUUGGAUUCUUCUUCCCUCUUUGGGUCAAUUUCAAAGCAUGUAAGAAUUGAGUAUUUCCUAUCUCCAAUCUCUUUACCCUUCCAGUGUAUUGAUGUUCUCCCCCCUCCCUCCAUGAGCUUCUUUGUGACAUAUGAAUUUACCCCCAUUUGUUUCUUUCCCCAUUUUAGUAUUAACCUCUCUUUUUUAGCUCUAGUUGUAUAUACACACAUGUAUAUAUAUUUAUGCAUGCAUAUCUAUAUACCUAUUUAUGUCUUGUCCUUUCAUCCUAUACAGUUUGUCACUAUUCCCUCUAAGUGUAAUUCUUCUAGAUUCCCAGAUGAUAACAACAGUUUUUAAGAGUUACCAAUGACCUCUUUUCUUAUAGGGAUACAAAUCAUUUUAACUUAUUGAGUUUCUUAAAAUUUUGUUUUGCUUUGUUUUUCUUUUUCCCUCUUUUUUAAUUACUUUUUGAUGAUUCUCUUGAGUUCUGUGCUUGGAUGUCAAAUUUUCUGUUCAGGUCUGGUGUUUUCUUUGAAAAUUCUUGGAAUUAUUCUAUUUUAUUGAAUGACCAUAUUUUCCCCUGUAAGAAUAUAGUCAGAUUUGCUGGGUAGUUGAUUCUCGGUUGUAGACCUAGUUCCCGUACUUUCUGGAAUAUCAUAUUCCAUGCCUUUUGGUUCUUCAGUGUGGAUGCAGCCAGAUACUGCAUUAUCCUCACUGUGGCUCCAUGGUAUCUGAAUGACUUCUUCUUGGCAGCUUGUAAUAUCUUUUCUUUGGUCUGAUAGUUCUUGAAUUUGCCUAUAAUAACAUUCCUGGGUGUUGUCAAUUGGGGAUUAAGUACAGGAGGUGAUCUGUGGAUUCUUUCAAUCUCCACUUUUCCCUCUUGCUCUAGGAUAUUGGGGCAGUUUUCUUGAAUAAUUUCCUGUAGUAUUAUAUCCAAGCUUUUUCUUUUUGUCAUGGUCUUCUGGUAGACCAAUAAUUCUUAAAUUGCCUCUCCUCAAAUGAUUUUCUAAAUCCUGUUUUGUGAAUGAGAUGCUUCAUAUUUUCUUCAAUUUUUUCAUUCUUUUGGUUUUGUUUUAUAGUGUCCUGCAGGCUGCCUUGUGAGGUCACUUAAUUCCAGUUAUUGUAUUCUGGUUCUUAAACACUGGCUUUCUUCCGUGACUUUUGGUUUUCCUUUUCCUUCUGGUCUGAUUUUCUUUGGAAGUCAUCUUUCAUCUUCUUUCACCUCAUCUUUCAUCUCCUUUGCCUCAUUUUCCAGCUUGUUGAUUUUGGCUUUCAAGACACUAUUUUCUGUUUCCAAAUGACUUUUCUUAGCUUUUAAGUUCUUUUUCCAGUUGUCUUCAGCCUCUCUUAAUUGUGUUUUGAAUUUUGAUUUCUUCCACAGCAUGUAUCCAAUUCACUGGGCUUUCUGAUUUAUUGUUGGCUGAUCCCUUCUCUCUGUUCCGUUGGCAGUGUAGAAGGUGUCUAUUGUAAUUUCUUUCUUCUUUUUUGUGCUGUUUGCUCAUAUUUGCCCCUUCUUUGCUCCCCGUAUUUGUCUGUGCUCUUGCUCCUCUCGUUUUUUUGGAUUUGGGGCUUUCUGUCAGUCUCCCCUCUUGGAGCAGUCUAUGGGGGAGGAGUUUGAGCUUCCCUGUCCUCUGGAGGCUUUUGAUGGGAUUAAGUUCAGCUGGGUUGGACUGUAUGCCAUGCUCUGAGACUGAAACCUGGAAGGCUGGAGCCAAAUGGAAGGUCUCAGCCGCCCAGACUCUCUCCAGUUCUCUCCAGCUGCUUCCCUGCCACCUGUGUUCGACGGUCUGAGUCUGGCACAGCCCUGCCAGCACGGUACACCCUCUACACCAGUGCCUUUGCCUACCCAGAGGUUCCUGGCCUCUCUGAGCUCUGAGGACUCCUGAUGGGAUUAAGUAAAGCUGGAUUGGGGUAGAUGUGGCCCGAGGCAAAAACCUCUGUAAGUCUGGAGCCAAAUGGAAGGACCCAGCCCCCCAGGCUGCCAGCUCUUCGAUCUCUCUCCAGCUGACUCCCUUCUGCCUGUGUUAGACAUUCUGAGCCUGACACAGCCCUGCCCACAAGGUACACCCUCUACACCAGUAUCUUUGCCUGCCCAGAGGUUCCCACUCCCACUGGGGGUUCAGCACUUUGGCGGGGGGGAAAUCCUGAUACCUUCCUUCUGCCUUCCCCUUGUAAACCUCAAAAUUUCUCAGACUUAUGAAUGUUGGAAAUUUCCCCCAUUGGGGAAUCUUCUACUUUAAAAAUUCCCUAGCAGAUGGGGAGAACUCUACUUGAGUGUGGGGGCUCCUUGCCUUGGGAAUAUCCCUACUCCACCCUACUUAGGACUGCCUUAGGACAGAGAGCUCCUUGAGAACAAUGAACAGUUCUUUGAUCCAUGCUUAUGGAAGGGACAGGAAGUUCUUUGAGUCAUGACUGUUUUCGAAUUGAUACAAUGGGAUACUAAGUACCUAUAAAGGUGGGGCAACUUGUAAACUACUUAAACCUAAAAGGGUGAUAACUUAUUCAGAGGUUUUUUCUAAUGAAAUUUGUCGACAUAGCAUUUUUUUCCUGACUUACUAAAGAGAUUAAAACUACUCAGCUGUGAAUUCAAAAUGGGCGGUCCUUUAGAAACAUCUACAGUGAUUGGUAGAUGUAAGGACUUAGGGGAGGUGACAGAGAAGAUUUUGCCCUUAAAAAUAAGAGCUCAGGGAAGAGCUGGGAAGUCAUUCUGAAACAUUCAGAUUGGAGAGACUCAAUCUGAGGAGACUGAUUCUGAAACAUUCAGAUGGAGGAGGGAGCUGGUGAAAGCAGCUGAGAUGCUGCUGGCCUGGUGUCAUUAGAAAUCCUUACGUAGACAGAUCUUAUGGUGAGUUAUAAAAAAACUGACUGAUUUCUCUUUUAAGACUCAGGUCAAGGCCAUAUUGGCUUGAGGCCCUUCAUACUUAUUCCUUUCUUACUCUCUCUCUCUUUCUUUGAUUACUCAUUGUAUUGUUAAUUAAAAUCUCUAUAAAACCCAAUUGACUUGGGUAUUUGAAUAAUUGGGAAUAUUUCCCUGGCGACCACCUUAUAUUUGAUUUUAAAACCCAAGACACUGUAGUGAAACAUAUUUCUGCGGUCAAAUUUACUCACCCUCUCUUAUAUCUAUCACAAUUUAUAUCUUCCACCAUUUUAACUCACUACAGUUUAAGACCUCAACCAUUUUAAAUCUCACACCCUUAAACUCGAGUGUUCUUGGCUUCUGGCUUUGGGGGGGGGGGCGUACCUUUUGGAUUGAGUCAAGAAGGAGGGUUCCUUGGCUCUGUCUUGUUGUUAGGUUUGAUUUUCAGUCUCCUAGGAGCAUUCAGUUUGUGAUCGGUAAUGAAGGGUUUUCAGAGGUCUAAACUUUUGCAGCUUCUAAGCUGCCAUCUUGACUCUGCCCCCUAAACCAUGCAUUCCUAAGUGAUCCCUGAGUUUUUCAAUGCCCUCUGGGGGGAAGGGGAUGUAUUUUUAUUGUUAUUCUGAAUUUCAAAAUAUAAAUUCUUUUUGAGAGUAAUUUUAAGAUAAGAAAUACUCUGCCUCGCCAAAUCCAAAAAGUCAACUGUUUGGAGAAGGCAACAUUAAGAUGCUUGUAGAGACCACACACUGCACCAGAAGAUCCAGAAUGAACUUUGGGAUGUGGUGAUUUGAACUGUGUGGUAUUGAAUACAUUUGUUUUGUAUGUAUAUUCUUAUGUCGAAGGGGACUGCCCACUAACUUGCUUUCUAUCAAUGCACCUGGCAAUCAUUGGUUUUGUUCUCUUUUCCUUUAAUCCACAAAUUAUUGUAAUUUCAAAGUUGGUUAUGUUUACAAGAUCCACUGGAGAGACUAAUCUUCAAUGGAUCUUAGGGGUGAAUGUAUAACUAAAAAUCUGUUACCCUAAAAAAGAACUACAUUUCCCGGGAGCCCAUCGACUUCCUGUCAUUACAUACUUCCUGUAGACAAGGGAUAUUAGGUUGGGACAUGGAGGGUCCUGCCUCUCUACUUCCUGUCCCAAGGUUGGUGGUGGUAAGAUGAGUGUUUGAACUGGCUGAUCAGCCAUGGGGACAUGGUCUUUAUUUUGUGUCCUCUUUAUUCCUUGAUUUCUAAUAAUCAUGAAUAAAUCUCCUAAAAUAUAAUAUUUUUUAUUUGAGAUUUAAUUUUAAUUUUUACAGGUCCCUCCAAGCAUGGGAUUGCUCCAUUCAUAGACCAAUCCUACUCCAGGAAGGGAAGUGGUCCUUCCCUAACAUGAGAUUGGUCCACUCAUAGACCAAGGGAAGCAGUCUGAGGUUUCAUGCUGCAGCUCCUCCAUGAUCGAGUUAAGCCAAGUUCCUCUCACAGGAAGUGACGUGAAAUAUAAAGUCAGUUAUUUAUGUCACUUCCUGUGUCUUACAUGUACCAAUGGUGGCUUAAACUUGGCUUUGGACAGCCCACGGGUCAGUCAGUUGUUUCUGAUUUGUCAGUUGCUAGCACACACAAUUUCAUAGACCUUCCUCCCCGACACUUAAUCCUUAAGUGGCAGUAUAUACUUCCCUGAUUGCUAGAAUUCUAAAGACUAACCAGGGUGAAGUAAAAUCCAAAAUCCACAUUCCUUGAUUUCUAAUGAUUAUUAAUAUAUCUCCUAAAACAUUUUCUUAUUUGAGAAUUAAUUUUAAUUUAUACAGGUCUCUCCCUAGUGUGAGAUUGGUCCUCUCAUAGACCAAACCAAUGCCUGGAAGUAGGGGACAGAGAAUCUUGGGGCAUGCUGGAGAAUGUAAUACCAACAUGUAGUCUUUUCAAAAUCCACAUUGAUAAAAAUAAAAGGAUUCCAUGAUAACAAUAUGCCACUAUUUGCCCAGCCAUUUCUGACAUUGAGUUUCCUUUUAAUUCUUGAUUCAUCAUCACCCCCAAAAGAACCUUUUAAUAGUGUCCUUUUCCUUUUGGUUUAUUAAUGCCCAUUAAACAUAGUUCCAAAUUGAUCUCUCUAGAAAGCUGAAUUAGUUCACAACACCAAAAGUUCAUUCCUUUUUUAAUCUUCUGACAUCUCCUCCAACUUUUGUCCCUUUUCUGUCAUAAUAGCCAAUCUAAAAGAUGUGGGCUGGUCCCUCAGACUUGUUAUCAUUUGCAUUUCUCCAGAUGAUAGUAAUCACCCUCCACCUAAGGAAAACACAUAAACUUGAGCACAUCAAUUAGGUAUUUUUUUCACUAUGAAUUCCCUAAUAUGAAAAGAUGAUCUCUGACUGAAAGCCUUCCUACAGGGAAUCCAUCUGGAACUGGUCUGUUCAGAAGACAUUUUCUCAUACUGAACAAGCUCUGGACUCUCCUUUUCAAUAUCUCUCUUCACUCAUGACAGGAAAAAGAUUUCUAACCAAAAGAAAUUCCGCCUUGGCAAUAAGAGAUGAUUGCAGACCUAAUCUAAAUUAAUUUUGAUCACCAGGGAAUAUCCCAAAUAAAAUACCCAAGUCAGUUUGGAAAUUUAUGGUGGUUUAAUUAACAUAGAGGGAAGGAAUUAAGGAGAAGAGAGAGGGAAAAAGCAUAGGAUUUCUCCCACCUGGUCUGUGCCAGGGGGAGUUCAAAGUCCUCCUCCACGAGGUCUCUGAAGAUUGUGGCUUUCUAAGAGGAUAGUGUUUUGAAGGUAAAGGAGAAAGAAUCAGCCUAAACUAUGAGAGAGCUCAGUAAAGAUGCCUCACCUGAACUAGGUUACUCAGCUCCCUCCAGUAUGGUAUCAAAGAAAACACUGUUAAACCCGGACAAUAGCAGCUGCCAUGCCAACAUGCCAAAACGCUUAGCAUGCUGCUGUCAGCCACCUCUCCACUGCCAAAGAGGCCAGAGAGAGGAAGUGACACAAAAUAUAUAGAAGGUUUUUACAUCACUUUCCUGUGUCUCACAUGUACCAAUGGUAGCUUAAGCCCAGGGGUCUGUCAGUUGUUUCUGAUUUGUCAUUUUCUAGCACAUGUCUGUCAUCCUCUUAAAUACUUAAUCCUUAAGUAUGGGGGUAGACAUUCCUGUUUUUGUUAGACUAAGUGGGGUGGAGUAAUCUAAAGUUCACAUAGGCUAGUUCUCUUGGGGCUGUAAGCAAGUGGAGGUAGGGAGCAGCUGGCUUUUAUAUUCCCUAUGCUCUAAGUUGAUUUUAAUAAAUAGUAUUAAAUAUAAGACUUGGGAGUAUUUAUUAAUUUUUGCAAUUUGGCAACCACCAAAGGAUCUGAACUGAGAGCUUUUUAAGAACUCCUCUGCAGCUCAUUCCCCACCCCCCAGAAGUUUACCUUGAGUAGAGCUUGUCCCCAAACCACCCUGGGUGCUACUGCUCAAUAAAUGUCAUGGCAGUAUCAGGGACACCCCUAAAGGUUCCCAAGCUUUCCCCUAGAAUAGUGUCCAUAGGACCUUUUGCUGUGAAACAGUCUUUCCUCUUAAUGCCUGGCUGGGGAGAGAUCAUUUAUGCAAGCUUAGGGCCACAAUAACUUGUUCUCCAGAUGGUUCUAUGUCACUGGAAUUGCCUGAGGAAUCCUCAACUUUUCUCCCUGUACAUCUCUCAGAUAUUCAUGAGAUGAAGGAGACUCCUAUUUUUGAGAUCCCAACUGAUAGACCUGAGUCUCUCUGGGCCAUAUCAUCUUCUCCUGUUGGUCUACUUAAAUUGGUUGUCCCUGCCCUAAAUCAAACAAAAUCUAGCCUACCUCCUUCCAUUCCUCAGUACCCUCUUUAGAAGAAGGCUAUUGAUGGCAUUUCACCAGUAAUAAAUUCAUUGAUUAACCAAGGCAUCAUAAUACCCUGUAAAUCAGAAUACAAUACGCCCAUCCUCCCUGUUAAAAAGCCCAAACUGGGGCCCCAUGGCAAGCAUCUCUAUCAAUUUGUCCAGGAUUCUGAAAGCUGUGAAAAAUCACAUUUAAAGAGACACCCAGUAGUUUCCAAAAUAAAUACCAUUAUAUCUUCUAUUGCUAGCACAGCUGCAUACUUUACAAUAGUAGACUUGUUCUCAGCUUUCUUUUCAAUGCCUAUACAUGAGAACUCCAGGCAUAUCUUUGCUUUCACAUGGAAGGGCUCUAAGUGGACAAUGGCUCCUUUGCCUCACAGUUUCAUGGAGAGUCCUACGUUGUUCACACAAUUCUUAACUGCUGAUACAGAUGCCAUAAAAAUUUUAAUGCAGCCAUUUAAUUAAGUAUAUGAUUUUCCCUUGGCUUCACCAAAUUCUGAAUUGUACCAAGAGGAUAGCAAACAUCUUCUUUUGGAGCUACAUAAGAGAGGCUACAAGGUCUCCAAAGACAAAGUUCAGUGGUGUCUCCCCAAGGUACAAUAUUUAGGCUUCAUUUUAACUCCUGGGUCCCAUUUAAUUUCUCCCAAGCAUAUAGAAAAUAUCCAAAAGUUAAGCACUCCUACCACUAAAAAGCAAUUGAGGGCAAUUUUUGGAGCAACAGGAUUUUGUCAGCAGUGGAUGCCUUGCAAUAGAGAAAUCACUUAUGCAAAAGGGAACUGCCCCCAAAUUGGCUUUUUGUCAACCCAAUAAUAAUUGGUUUUGUUCUCUUUUCCUUUUAUUUCCUUGGAAAAUGUAUUGUCAAUGCAAACCUUGUUACUGAACUUCUUUCUGCCAUCCAGCUCCCUGAAGCUAUACCUAUCAUUCACUGCUCUACACAUACAGGUGGCACUGACCCUGUCUCCAGGGGAAAUAGCCGAGCAGAUAUAACAGCCAAACUAGUAGCCUUAGAAGGCCCUGAAUUAAUUAUUCCACUAACAAUUACUGAUAAUUUGGAUCUAUUCCUUUCUUAUAAUGACAAGUUAUAAGGAAAACUGGAAGCAGAAAUUUAAAGCAAAACAGAUAAAUGGAGUAUGGGUAUCAAUAGAUGGCAAAUCUCUGCUCCUUAGAGCAUUGUAGAUUCUGAUAAAAGAGCAUGGAUAGCACUUGGAAUGACUACAAUUGCCUCCAAAGUAUGUACAACUUCUAUCUUCUAAGCCUUUAAAGAAUACAUAUUUCAAGGAAAAGCUUUUGGGGGACGUCCUCUCACUUAUACACAAAUUUACAUUAUCUCUAUGCCAAAAGCUGGACAGUAUAAAUUUUGUCUGAUCAUAGUCAAUCAACUGACCAGAUAGCCUAAAACAUUUUCUACUACUCAUGCCAUAGCAGCUUUUGUUGACAAAGUCCUUUUGAAAGAAAUAAUUCCAUGUUUUCGCCUGCCAGCAUGUAUUGAUUUGGAUAAAGGAACUCAUUUCACUGAUGUUGGCUUAUCUCAAAUUUAUUCAUAUUUCGGAAUAACUCCCAAAUUUCAUACAUCAUAUUGUGACAAGGGAAUCACUUUAAAAGACUGAUAUAUAUUAAUUUAAGGUCGCCAAGGAAUUCAGCUAUGUAAUUCCUAAAUGAAAAACUCAAGUCAGCCGUCAGCCUUUUUUGGAGUUUAAUUACAAUAGGAGCAAGAAAGGAAUUAGAGAUAGAGAGAAAGAAAAAGGGAGAGAAGGGAAUAGGGCUUAAAUACCCCUUCUGUUUAGGCUGGGCCAAAAGGCCCAAGCCCUUAGAUAGCUGGGGCAAAGAAAAGAGAUCAGUCCCUAUCACUCACGUGACCAAAAUGGAGAAACAGUCUCAGAGGCCCCCACCUUCAGCUUCCUUCAGCGCAAGCUUCUCCGAGUCCACCGCAAUCACCCCGACCAAACUCCUCAACCCUCCUCAAGUCUCCAGACCCUCCUAUCUUUAAGGAAACCCUCCAAGUUCCUCCUCUCCGUUCUCCCAUCUACCAAUCACUGUUCAUCAAUUUCCCUGUGCCAAUGGAGGCUCUAGCUUAACCCAGGACCGCCCAGAGGUUUCUGGCUUUUGCACAUGUCUGUUGAAGGUCAUAUUUUCAAAUGAUUAAAUCUUUGAUCUAGGCUGCAGCCCUUACUCAAUCCUGUUAGGACUGAAUAGGGUGGAGAUUUAUUCCAAGUAUCUCCAUUGUAUCAAUUCUAAAAUCAAAUCAUGAUUCAAAGAAAUUCCUGUUCUAUGCUUAAGCAUAGGUCAAAGUCCUUUCCAUUGUUCAGCAAAAGGUUUCUGUCCUAAAGUAAUCUGAAGAAGGGAAGAGAAGGAACCUCCCAUGCCAAUGGGGUUCCCAUUCCAAUAGACUAUCAGUAAGAAAUUUUCCAAGUAUGAAAUAUCCCAAUGGUGAAAUUUCCAACAUUUAUAAGUCUAAGGAAUUUUGAGGUUUACAAUAUCAUCCCCAGAGCUCGUCAAUUUGAAUGAAUUAAUAAAGAACUUAAAACCAUGGUUGGCAAAUCAUGCAAGGACAGUCAUUUAAAUUGGCCUGAAAUUCUACCUUUGGCCCUAUUUUAUCUCAGAAGCAGACCCAGAGGUGAUUUAUACAUCUCACCAUUUGAGAUGCUAUUUGGACAUCCACCUAUUCAGGCACAACCAUUUACCCCUGCCUAUACCUCACUAUUAGGAGGGGAUACAACCAUUGCUACACAUAUCAGACAAUUACAAACAAAAAUGAAAAGAACUCCAUGAUUCUGGAGCUGCUGUUCAAGCAGGGCCAAUAGAUUUUUCUCAUUUCAUGAUUUAAACCUAGGUGAUAGUGUGUACAUAAAGAAUUUCAAAUGUACUGGGUUGACUUAACCUUUGUAUGAUGGACCAUUCCAGGUCCCAGUAACUACACCAACAGCCAUAAAAUUGGAGAGAGGGAUUCGUGGAUUCAUUGUAGUCAUGUAAAACAAGUACCUUCUGUUGAUGUUGAAUAAUUGCUUUCUGAAUAUAUUUGACUACUGAAUGUGAUUAGACUUCUUUAUUGCUAGAUUUGUACUAUUUUGUUGCACUUUGUUUGGUUGAUCCUUUUAUUUACACAAAUUCCAUUGUAGGGCAACACAUAUACGAACUCAAAGAAGAAAAUCUGUAUUAGUGACCUAUAUUGACCUGGUGUGCCUUUUUUGACAUUUUGUGACUUUUAAAGUUUUUUGUAUUUUUUGAAUGUGUUAUUGCUUUAUCUACCUCAUUUGCACUCAUGUUGUUUUGUCUACCUCAUUAGCACUCACAAUGAGGAUCAUAAGUCAAAGAGGAAAUGAAUUUUAUUUUUUGGAAACUAGUCUCUCUACUUUGCUUCUGUAAUUGUGAAAUAUACACAAUUUUUACAUUUUGUUUUCUUCCUACAUGUGUCACACAGUAUUUUUCCCCCUUCUUUUCUAAUUUUUUGCCUUUGAAACAUGUCACUAGUAUUGAAAAAGCAUUUCUUUCUACUAUUUUGACUUUUUGAAGUAGAAUAAGCUAAGAUGAAAAGCAUUCCCCAAAAAAGCUUUGGACUAUGGCAACCUGCCACUAGUUAUUUAACUAUUAUGAGAUUUUUGCUCAUUGAGUAUGUGUAAUCCAAGGAGAAACCGACAACAAAGGAGUACAGAACUUGACCCACAAAGUGCCAAACAAGCUUAAAAAGGUAAAAGAAACCCAGGCAAUCCUACAGGGAUUGAUGACAUUCUGCACAAAAAAGCACAAUGACUUGAUCAUGUGUGAGACUUGAGGUUGCAGCUGUUUUAACAUGUGUUAAAUGUAGGACUUCCUUGUACCAUACUCUAUAGCGAGCAUAUAACAUCGAUUGUUCUGACUCCAUUAUCCUGAAAAACCAAAGAAAAGGAUUGAACAGGAGAAUUCUAGUUCCCAUUUGUCUAUAGAGAUCUAGUUUCUUUUUGUAUGUUUUCUAAUGAUGUGGCAACUUAAUGCAGUCCAGACUGGUUAACUGGGUUAGUGAAUGAUUGUUGUCGCAUGCUCAUGAGAUAUACAUCACUAUAAGAAUCUGUUGUGAGUUGUGAAUUUUUUUUCUUCUCUUUUCUUUUUUCCCUCUUACCAGAAUAUUUUCAAGAUUUCCUUUUAUAUUCCAUCUUUCACUCGGAGGUUAUUUUUUAAAGUUCUUUGGAUUCUUUGACAUUUUUGAUUAUUGAUUCAUAUGCCUUAUGACUCGACCAUGUAUCCCUAUGUAAUUCCUAUGUGUAUCCCUGUAUCCUCCUCAGUGGGGAACGUAUUAUUAUUUCCAACAGGGUGGACUAUGUUAUUGUUGUGAGGUUUAACUUGAAUUUGAGCCUAAUUUAGAACAAGAGACUACCCCCAGAUUCUAGAAGGCACCGUGAAGAUGCCUAGAGACCACAUGAUGCACCAGAAGAUUCAGAAUGAACUUUGAGAUAUGGCAGACUAGACUCCCAAAUGAUCACAGGAAGAAUUGUGUUAUUUAGAAUGUGUGCCCCGAACUACAUUUCCUAUAAUUCCCUUUUCUGUUGUGCAUCAUCUACAUUAAUUGGGUGUUCAGUUUCAGUUAUGGCCACACCGUCUGUACUCCAGGCUAGCUCUCUUGGGGGUGGAUGCAAGUGGAGGUAGGGAGCGGCUCUCUUUUAGUUUCCCUAGGCUCUAAGUUGAUUUUAAUAAAUAGUAUUAAAUAUAAUACUUGGAGUACUGUAAUUUAAUUUUAAUCUUUACACCAGGGAAUGCUAUUUUUCAUUUGCUACAAAAAUCUAGUCCGUUUUCUAUCUUUCAUAAUGUGGCAAUUUUCUAUAGUCCUGGCCACUGACUGGGUAAGUUCAUAUUGCUGUAAUAGCCCAAAAGAUUGUGGGACAUAAAUCACUUUAUCAGGUCCUGAUUCCAGGACCUGUUAUGGGUUUAUUCUUGUUUUACUCAGAACUUUUAUAUAAUACUUAAUUUUGAUUUUUUUCUUCUAUUUAUUUUUUUAUGUUUUUGACUUCCUUUUAACAAUUGAUUCACAUAACCUCAUAAAUCAGCCAGGUAUCCCUUGGUGAUCCAUGUAUUUGUCAACACCAUUCUCAGUGGGGAUUGUAUACUUAUCAUAUAAUUCUAGAUUUAUAAAAUUUUUCUUGCUUGAGAUUAGUUUUAGGAUAAGAAACCUGCUAUUCCUUGAAUCCAGAAAGUGAACUGUUUGAAGAAGGUGCCAUAAAGAUGCCUGCAGAAACCACACACUGCACCAAAAGAUCCAGAAUGAACUUUGGGAUGUAGUGAAAUUGAACAGUGAGUGAUUGAACACAUUUGUUUCAAAUGUACACUCUUAUGCCAAAGAGGACUGCCCCCAAUUGGCUUUUUGUCAAUGCUCCUAGCAAUCAUUGGUUUUGUUCUCUUUCUCUUUUGUUUCCCUCUUAUCCCCAAGUUAUGUAAUUUUCCCUUAGAAAGUGCCACAUUGAAUGAACCUCUAAAUAAAGAUCUUUAUAGAGAGAUAAGUUGGUCAUGUGUACUGAUUCCAUGGAAACUAGGAAUGUAAAUUUGAGCUAUUUCUACAUGCUUAUUUCCCAUGGGAAUCAUGGAGGUGUGUGUAAUUUAUUUCUGAACCCUAUAACUUGAAUUCCCAGCAUCCUACUUUCCUUCUCAUGUUAAGUGCUGACAGAGAGAGGAUAUAAAUUUUGUGUACCUCACAUCUUCCUCUCUUUUCCCGUUGAUCAGAGGCUAAUAGAAUGGGCUUUUUGAGCUGGCAUGGAGAACUUAAGUCACCUGGUCUUAAUUUUAAGAUUAGAUUUUUUAUCUUCUAUUUCUGUUUUAUUCCUUCUAGUUCAUAGUUAAUAAACUUCUAGUUUAAUAAAGUUCUAAUUAAUAAACUUCAUAAAAUUAAUACCUGGAGUUGGCAGACAUUAAUUUAAAUCUUACGCACUUCAAACAAAAGAUACAGAACAUUACAAACUUUAAAAUCUAUAAUUCUGAUUAUAUUAAAUUUUAAAAGUCUGCAUCAGAUAUCUAUUCUUUCUAGGUUAUUCUGAGUUCCUUCUU